CCGUUCAAGCCAGUCGGCAUCUCCCAUCUUCCCACAACAAUGGACGUCGGCUCGAUUGGCACGGUCAGCUUGAAGGCUCCCACUUCUCCCACUGGUUGAUCAGAGCAAAGAGAAAGGCCCCCUGUCCUGAUUGGUUGAUCAGAGCAAAAUUGUUCAACAAGUUACGCCCACAAUGGCUGACAGAGGAGACAUCUCUGAUAAUUUGGAUGACAAACGUCCAAGAUCUACUGUUCCAACUGCAAUUCUGCUGCCUAUCUGCCGGGACACGUUGGACGAGAUUCUCGUUUCGAAGUUCCUGGGCUGCUGUGCGGCUUUUAUUUAAAAAAAAACACCAUUCCGGAGAAGAAUCUGAUCAGAACCACACGCGGCUACUAAAGGAGGGAGAUCAUACGACAGUAUCAAUGUCGGGUUGAGAGCAUAUGGCUGACGGGGCCUGUAAUGGCUCAUGGCAAUAAACCAGCAGCUCCCAUUUCCAACUUAGCAGCAGCCACUCCUCAGCUGUGUGCUGGUUCAGGACCUACUAAACCGAGUCAAGAAGCUCACAUAGCUUUGGUGAGGGAGGUGUCUGCACAAACAUCCUGUACCUUAAAGGAUGAUAACAAUGACCAGUUGACUGCUGCCAAUCACUCCUUUUUCAGUGGUGAAGACAUGGAGGACACAUGCUCUGAGUACGACAAUGUGGGCUCUGAUGUGGAGCAGGACUAUGACGAGGUGCUGCAUUUAAACAGGGGGGCUGUCAUGGACACGAGGUACUACAAACAAUACUGCCCUGAAGAUGGGGCUUACCUAAAACACGCAGGAGGAAAAAUUGCCGAUGAUAGCGGCAGUGCCACGCCUCAUCAAAGCACAGAGAGAUGCGAUGGAUCACAAUCAGACACUAAGCCCCGUAAGGUGGGCCGCCCCUUUACAUCGCGUUGCACCGCCAUCAGAAGGGAAGCAGCGGAAGGAGAAGAAGUGGGAAAGGGCCUGGAGAACAGGUUCUUCUUUUGUGAUGGAGAUGAGAUUGAAGAGGUGCUCGAUGGGGCCAGAUUCAUAGAAGAUUUAGAGGAGGAGAGUUUAGAAAACAACGUUCCAAGACAGCUUGGCCAUUAUGAGGAUGAUGAUAGGAUUAGAAAGGGGUGUGAUGAAAGGGAUAGAGAAAAUGACAGAGGAUUUACAAGAAACACCAAGGAGGACAGGCAGGGGAAAGGACGAGGGAGGAAGACAGCUGGACAGGAUGUCGGAAUCAAAGGUUGCACGACCAACAAAAAUGAUAAUCGAGUAAAGACAUCAUCAAAGGAAAAUAAAAAAGCUCCCAUGCGGACAAAAGCUAAAUCUAGCUCCGGUAAGCAACAUCCACCUCCUCGUCAUUCCCAUGGCCAGACACCUAUUAACAGCCAGAAGACAGAGACCCCUCCUGUUACAAGACCCAGUGUUUUGACUAAUAACCAGGAGAGCGAGCCGAGUGUCAUCAAACCGUCCCCUCCUCUUCGUCACGCACUGGAGCAAGAGACAAGGCCUCCUGAAGAGAGCCAGAACCAGCCACAGAAGCUCCAGCAGGAUGAGAAGAAGCCAAGCACAGCCGUCAUGCAUGUGGAAGUGCCAGAGCAGCCAAGGAGGCCUCCGAGUCCAAAUGUCCUUCCAGAUGAGGAGAGUGGCUCCCCCAAGAAGACACAAGAAUCAGCUUCCUUCCCCAGUUUUGAAGACGUCCCAGGUCCAUGUGAGCCAGAAGAUCUUAUUGAUGGGAUCAUCUUUGCUGCAAACUACCUUGGCUGCACUCAAGUGCUGUCUGAUAAGAAUCCAUCAAAGACUGUCCGCAUGUCACAGGCCCAUGAAGCCGUUAGUCGUAUCAAGAGCCAAGAUGAAGAAUCCCAAAUGAUGACAGAAGUGGACCUGUUUAUCUCCACUAAAGCUGUUAAAGUGCUCAACGCCGACACACAGGAGACAAUGAUGGACAGCACCUUGCGUACCAUUUCCUAUAUCGCUGACAUAGGCAGCAUUGUGGUUCUGAUGGCGCGCAGACGCUUGUCUCAGGCGUCAACGCCGGAGGAUUUCUCUGAACCUCCGGAUUCUAGCAGUGAAGGAAAUAGUCAGUGUGGGAUGAUCUGCUACGUCUUUGAGUCAGAGGAUGCCCAGCUCAUCGCACAGUCCAUUGGUCAGGCGUUCAGUGUGGCCUACAGAGAGUUCCUGCGAGCCAACGGCAUCAAUCCCACAGACUUAAGCCAGAAACAAUACAGCGACAUCAUCAACUCCCAGGAAAUGUACCACGACGACCUUGUCCAUUUCUCAAACUCAGACAACUGUAAAGAGUUGUGCGUGGAGAAGCACAAAGGAGAGAACCUCGGGGUUGUGAUUGUUGAGUCCGGGUGGGGCUCCAUUCUGCCCACCGUCAUCCUCGCUGGUAUGCUGAACAGCGGCCCGGCAGCUCGCUCUGGAAAACUCAGCGUCGGCGAUCAGAUUAUGUCCAUCAACAACACCAGCCUCGUCGGGCUGCCUCUGGCCACCUGUCAGGGUAUCAUCAAGGGACUGAAGAAUCAGCUACAAGUGAAGCUAAGUAUCGUGAGCUGCCCACCUGUCACCACUGUCCUCAUCAAGCGGCCUGAUCUUAAAUUCCAGCUUGGUUUCAGUGUUCAAAAUGGCAUCAUCUGCAGCCUGAUGAGAGGGGGCAUCGCUGAGAGAGGCGGCGUCCGCGUUGGACACAGAAUCAUUGAAAUAAACGGUCAAAGCGUGGUCGCCAUGGCACAUGAGAAGAUCGUACAAACACUGUCCGUGUCUGUGGGCGAGAUCAAGAUGAAGACGAUGCCUGCUGUGAUGUUCAGACUGCUCACCGGACAGGAGACGCCUUCCUACAUAUGAUAAGACUCUGCACUGAUUAGUGAUGAGGAAAUUUUUAUUUUUCUAUCAUUUUAAUAUUAUUUUGUUGCAAUGCUAUAAAGAACAUCCAGUUCUCAUUUUCAGGUUUAAUGUUGAAUUACAUUACUCAUAAUGGCCUUACAAUGUGAAUACUCGGUCUGUAGUGCUAUGUGUGGGUUUGGAAGAGAACUAGCUUUAUGGUCACUUUUAUUUUCUUAUGAAGAGAUAAAUAAGUGCAUUUAUAUUUUAGUUAGUCAUUUUUAUAGUGUCUAUGUACUUCUACUGUAAAUACUCUGGAUUACUCAAGGACUGGAUUGGAAAGGCCAUAUUACUCUUACAGUAUAUGCAUGUUAUAAUGAAGUGUUAUUGACCGGGGAUUCAUCAUAUUCUAUUACAGUAAGUGUUUAAAAGAAGUUAUGUAUCACACUGUAUAAAGCCACUCAAAGUGUGUGUAUGAUGGAGAUGCUGAAGGCCAAAGACACCACUACAUUUUAAAAUGCAGUACAAGAGAUCAUAACCUUUACCAGAGCGUACAAGAAUGUAUCAAUAUGUACAUUAAGGAACGAAUGUAUUAGUGUAACACAAAUAAUACAAUCUCACUGCUUACAGUUUGUUGUUUGCGUUCAUUUUAUUAACAAGGUGCCACUUCCCAAAAGUAAUCACAACAAUAUACAGGCAAUACGAUGCUGUAUAUGCAACCUUUUUUGACCCACGGACCGGCUUGUGUUCCCACAAAUCUCCCGCGGACUGGUGGGGGUGGGGGUAUGGGGGGUAUUUCGUACAUUAUAGCUAUCUAAUUUAUCUUAUUUAUGAUGUAUUGUGUAAAACUAAGACAUGAAUAACAUCACAUUAAAAGCACAAAAAGAAUGCCGACCCACCAUCCACCAGUUCAAGUGUUUCCAGAGAGAUUAUUACAUCGCUGUUUGACGUGUGGUACAAGGCAGUGUGCUAGCAUGAAUUAACUUGAGACAAAUGUGCACAUUAGCACUCAAUAAGUCAUCAAAACUUACCUUUAUGCAUUCCCGCAUAGUAUCAGCAUUUGACACCAAAUAUGAGGUGAAAGAAAAAUGCUAAAAAUACAGUAGUAGUAAAGAGAAAGUUAGCAAUCCGGCCACUUUUCAAAAUAAAACAUAAUGGAAAUUAUUUUUUCUUUCUGCCAGGGGGUUGAUCA